UGUCGUGUUAUUAGUGGUUUGAUCAGAAAAAAGUAGAAAACAAGUACUCCUCAAUACGAAUUUAAAAAAUAAGAACAUAGUUAAGAACAAAAACUACGACAUCAGUGGAAUCGGGUUUAUGUAACUCUCUUUGAAACCAUUAUAAAUCAUUUGUUCGACUCUAUGAAUUACUUCCGGUAAUGCUGCUCUGUAUUGUGGGAUAGAAACCUGUUCAACAUGGCCGCUUUAGAAGCGGUACCGACUUCAAAUACAGAAAGUGAAAAUGAAUCCUCCGAACAGUGUGAGACAAAAAGUAGUAAUAAUGUAGAUGAUCAUGAUGAAGUACAGAAGACGACAAACGAAGAAAGCAAUAUAUUGCAAAAUAGACAUGCAUUGUCGGUACAAUCUGAAUCUGAAUUCAACAAACACCAAAAAUUACUGAUCAGAAACCUGAAAUCGCCAACAGAACAGAAAGUUGAAGAAUUUCUGAAGGGUUAUGAAAUUAGCGGCAUUGUCAUAUCUGAUUUGACAUUUGAGGUAAUGGUAUCCUUAAAGAAUGGUGAUCAGGCAGAUGAAGUUAUAAGCAAACUGAACAUGACGGAAUUUGAGGAACAGGAAGUAUCAGUUGCAAGAUGUUUGAGUAACAAAUUAGUUUGUGUGGCACAUUUACCUUCCGAUUAUGGAGAAGAUGAUUUCAGACAGCUCGUCUCCAAAUAUGGAUCUCCUGAGAGGUGCUUUCUGAUGAGGACCGACUAUACUGGUGAAAGCAAGUGCUAUGGAUUUGUUGAGUUUUCCGACGAGGACAGUAAAACUACGAACAUCUGUGAUGAGCUUGACUGGCAGAAACUGCAGGACCAUCGACUGAACGUUGACUUUGUCGAAGAUCACAUUCAAGUGUUCAACAAACUCCAUUCACGAUGUCUGCUCAUUGACAACCUUCCCAAAGACUUCAACGAUGUGUCGAAACUUCGCGAGAUUUUCAGCUCCAUUAUUAGUCCUGUUUAUUGUCAGAUUUUGAUGCAAGACGCAGAAUCACUUGGCUAUGGAAUUGUAGAGUUCCGUGAACCAAAAGAUGCUGAAGAAAUGUGGCGACAAUUUCAGAAGCACAAAAUAAACGACACCGAGAUUUCUUUGACCUUCUGCAUUCCUGGCAGACCUGCAGUGGCAAUCUACAACAGGAUCAUGUGGAAAAUUAAUGACAAGCUCAAUGCGACAGACAAGAGUAGUCUGUUGCCAGAUCCUGUGUUUGUGAGUCCACUGGUGACGAACUCCCCUCUUGUAAAAAGUCUCAAAGAACAGUAUCCACAGUUGAAUGAUAACUUCACAAAGGUAUUACAACAUCUGCACCAGUCGUACAUGAAACAAUUGAUGUCUCGGAACUGCAAGCCAGGUUUGCUGGGACCCGCUCCUUCUCUACCAAUGAGUCCGAUCAUGAAUCCCAGCAUGCAGCUGGGCCUCUUCAUAAUGCUGGCUGUACAGACGAUAUCACAAAACAAAACACCGUGUACGGGUCUCAUGGCUGCCGAGAUGAACCUCCUCAGUGGUUUGGAGUCACCAGCAGAUGCUCCGAGUAAACCUCAGACUGGUGCCAAACCUUCUCUGCUGGGUGACCCCAUUACUGCUAAAGCCGGAAUCAUUCUGCAGUGCCUGUCCAACCAGCUGAUGCCGCAGCCCAUUAUGCCGUCCAGCGCACCCAAGCCUCUGAUGACCAUCGGUCAACCAGAGCUGAAAUUUCCAGCAACAAUGGAUCAGCUAAUGCAGAAUAUCCGCAACAUAAACAUCAACUUGCUGAUGAAUCUGGGUCAGGCCCUGACUGCAAUGCACAACAGUCUGUCGAUGAAGGAGGGUCAGAAACAGAGACCCCAUGGCUCAGGUCCCCCUAGUCUGCUGGGUGCUCCUCCCCUGAAUCCACUGGGGCUGAUGAUGGGAAGAGAACCCGGACUGGGUGUCGGUCAGAAAUCCAGUUUGUUGGGGCAGGCUCCAAAACUUGGAGACAAGAGUAAUCCAGACUCGGCCCCGAAAAGUUUACUGGAUUUUACCCCAAAAAGUUCGACAGAUCCGUCACCGAAAGCUUUGUUGGGGCUGAAACCGAAAAGCCUUUUAGACCUAGAUUUCAGCAACAUGGGCCCAGCGAAAGGUGGCAUGUUUCAAGGUUCUUUUAGAAAUGGACCUGUUGGCAAUUUUUCCCAUCAGAGAGGUGGGGGGAAUACGUCGACAUUUGCUCGUAAUUUACAGUUCACUGGACAGAAGAAUCCCAGUUUUAAUUUCACUGCUAUGUCGAGCAAACCGACACCAAACAUGGACCAGCCAAGCGGCAGAAAGAAAGCGUCGCUCCUAGGAAUGCCUACGAGACAGGCCCCUCGCAACGAGGAUCUUUGGUUAGCCGAGCCACCAUUUCAGUCAUAUGAGCAAAAAGACUGGGAUACAUCUAACAUGAAUAAGGCAGGGUCCAACGAAAGCUAUUCAUGCAGUACGUCUGGAUCUUGGGAUUACAAUGACUCGGGUUAUGGGCAGGGUGACUCGUCUGGCUAUGAUUUGUAUGGUACUAAUGGAGCUUACUGUGGACAGUAUCAGGAAAACACUGCGCCAUCUCAGCCUGUUCAGUCUGCUCAGCCCGACUCUGUAGAUCCUCAAGACAAAUUAGCUCAGGAAGCUCGGGAAUAUGCUCAAUACACCGAACAGUAUUAUAGCCAGAUGUACAGUGGAUACGACCAAAACUACAACUACACGACAGAUUACACCAACACAUACAACAAUCAGCAGAUGCAGCAACAGCAGCAACAGCAGCAACAACAACAACAACAGCAACAGCAGCAGCAGCAGCAACAACAACAACAGCAGCAGCAACAACAACAGCAAACUCAAGGAAAUAUGGAUGCUAACACUUACAAUCAAGCCUAUGUGACCGCUACGAAUAUUGGUAGUGCAACAAUAUCAGCAGGCCCCAAGUUGAAGAAUUACAGCUCGAAACAUCCUUCGUUUGGACAGGUCUACGAUUCUACAGGUCUGUUUCGAACUCCCAGCACCAACCACGACUCCGGCUAUGCCAGCUAUAGCACUAGUAACACACAAUACAACUACAGCUUUGGCCAGAGCCUGCAGGCCAAUGCUAAAAACGUACAAGACACGAUGAUGGGACAAGCUCCCCAAAUGACUGGUGAAUCCACCUCUUACACUCCUCCGGCCGGGAAUUCAUUGUUGAACACUCCCAUAGGACAGAAACGAAGCUACAGUCAUCUACUUCCGCCACCAGAACCGAGCCCCGAGGGAGACUACGUGAUAGGUCAGCACUCACAGGGAAUCGGUGGUCACUACGCCACGUCAUACAUCAAACGACAGAAACUGGACGACAAGUUUUCCGAUUAGUCAUCAUUUUAAAAAAUAUUGCUCAUGUCGGUUCCUAGCCAAUCAGUGUGUAGUUACAAGAUGAUAACUGUACAUAGGUUGUUAUUUAAACGAACUAGCCUAUAUACCUGUGGUCAGAAUGUGUCAAAUUCUAGGUCUUGGAGAGUGUAUGUUGUAAGAUUCGUCAUUCUAUCAUAACAAUGGCAAUCGGUUUCUGUUGCAGAACUUGUGAUCUUUAAUCUUAGGUAUGGUGCAUAUUUUCGUUCUAUGAGGGUAUAUAUUUUUGUGGGAAAAUUGUUGUGUAUCAUCGUCUUAAUUAUUGUGAUCAUCUGUAGUGUCCGCUGUAUUUCAAGACAUCAAGGGUUAAUCGAGCCAGAAUGAAUGGGCUGAAUGGUGCCUUCUGCAGGCGUUAAUUGUAUAGUAAUUUAAUACCAGGCACUUUGUGAACAAUCAGAUUGUCAAUUUCAUGUGUGCAUGUAGAUUAUUUCUUUUAUGUAGGUCUGUGUAUGUCUGUGUAUUUGAUUUAUUAAGUUGUGUGAAUAAUCAAAUUUGUCUAUAACGGAUAAUCAAACUUGUAUAUAAAGGUCGCCCAAAGGAUCUACAAAAUGUGUCUUUUUAAGAAGAUUUAGCUAUUACAUGUAUAUUCCAUCUCUGCCUUCACAAAAGUACUUUUCGUCAAUAAAUUCUUCUUUUUUCACAGGGGAGAGGAAUCGGAUAAAAAGUUUAUGAAAUAAUAGAAAUGUGUUAUUUUAUUGUACAAUUUGCUUCUUUAUUUGUUUAAUUAAUAAAUAAAUAAAAUAGCAACACCUCCCAUCUCCCUCCCCACGAAAAAAAAAAGAAGGAACCAUUUUGUAGUUUGCCAAAUCCACAAAAAAUUAAUGGAAAAAGAUCAGAUACAGUCAUCAUAUAUUUGUAUGCAGAAAGGGCCCUUCAUAAACAGAUUACAUAGCAUAACCUUUAUAGCAAGGUUUGGUGGGAUAAUAGAUGUAUACAGAAAUAUACGGUUAUGGCUGUUAAAUAUAGUUCAGUACAUUCUCAUUAUUGUUAUCCCGUCUGAGUCAGUUUUUAUAAACAUCUUCAUAUUUAAGAAUGUGUAGUAUGAGUGUUGUGUGGUAUUGAUACGUUACAUAAUUUGGGUAAUAGGUGUUUCAACGUCUGGUUGGCAUCCACAUCUUUUUUUAAACAUUGUGGUGAAUGGAAAAUGUAAUUGAUUGCCUAAUUCUUUUUUUUCUUCUUUUUUUGUCUCGUAACACAUAAUGCGACCAUUUCUGUCUGGCCGUUUGAACGUGUCAACAUUUGGUUCGUCAGGUUAAUAUUGGGUUAAAGUUUAUGACUAUAUAUCCUAUAUUUAAAGACAUUCUAGUAUAUGUUGGGAAUGUUUUGCGUUCAUAAGGUAGAGCAAGGUAGAAAUUUGUUAACAAAUAUAAAGAAACUUAAUUGUAAGCUUGUAAGGAAACUAUUGUAAUUAAUUGUUAUGCUCCCAGUGAAAUGAUCUUAGGGAAUGUAUUACAUGAUGUUAAAGGAAUUGGGUGUUGAACUAAUGCUUCCUACCUUCUGGUCUGAAAUUAGUCAGUAUUUGACAUGUGACCCACCAUGGCUUUGCCAUUCUAGUUAUAUCAAGUGAUUCGAUUCAUUUUAUUCAGUAUACAGUAAAGUUUCGUGAGUUGCAAGAAACAUAGUACUGGCAGGAAGUAUGUCCCUUACACUGGGAAGAAUUUUGGUCGGCCAAUUUUCACAUAUGUAGCUGCUUUUCCUUGAAAAUUAUUCCUAACUGGCUAAUGAAAAUUGUAUUAGCCAAAUACUAAAUGUUGUUGCCACUUUGUAUAUUAAUUAGCAAAUUAAAUGUUUUCAUCCACAUGGAAAGUUUUAAAAGCCAGCAAUAUGUAAAUAACAAGAUAAUCAUAAUUAAUGUUUCACUGGUAGCAGGAAAUUAAUUGUUACGGUAUUGGACAAAGUUGAUAUAAACACUGACUGUACAUAUGACAAAAAGAUGUCCAUUGUAACAUGUUAAUGAUUUGGUAAUAAAAUAAUCUCUCAAAUAAAAGUUACACAAUUUAACAGUUCAGCACCCAAUUUAUUGGCAUUGAGGUAGAUGUCCUUUUUGCUCAAUUCAGGAUACUGAAAUUUUGGGCUGUUUUGGCGUAUAGAUAUUUUCAAAAAGAUGAUUUAUGAAGUUGCUUAAUGUUGGCAAUUGUAGGCUACUCUAAGUUUAAUGGAAGGAACUAAAAAGGAUAAUAUGCAGUAGUUGGAAUCCUGCUUUUCCUUUGUAACCUUUUGAUCUUAGUCACCAAAUUGUAUCUUCUAUUUCCAUGUGACUACAUUUAACCUUUUUUCUGUCUUUUUUUUUUUUUUUUUUUGUCCAUUUAAAAAAAUAAAAUUCAACAAGUAAACCCAUUAUUAUGAGCGACUGAUAAUGUAUGUCUUAAAAAGACAUCAGGGCUACUAUAAAUGUAUUACACAAAUUGGCCAAUUCGGUUGUCUAGAUACAUUGUUUAAUAUAAUUUAGUUUUCCUACCAAUUUGACCAGUUUGGUAGUGCCGCUGUUCUUUUAUUGUCUUUAUGUACUUCCAUGGUUGUAGUGGAGCAUGAUUUCCAUAACGGGACCAGAUACUUUGAUGUUAGAUUUGCAUUCAGUGCCAUAGAUAUUUUAUUAUUUUCACUGAUGGUAAGUCCAUUUAAAUUGUUUUGGAAAAAAUAUAGUUUUAUUAAAAAUACAAAACAUCUGUGCACCUAUUAGAUUGAAAAUCUUUAUUUUGUUCACUUAUGUAAAUAGUUUAAUAUUUUAAGUUGCACAUGGUUUGGAAAAUAGUAUUAUUUUUUGUUUGGGUUUUUGUGCAUCAUAGCAUCCAUUUUAUACAUGCAUAGAUUUUAUGGUCAUUUAAAAUUUUUGUAUUUCUUUGCAUCCAUCAUUACUGUUGUUUUUUCUUUGGGUUUUUGUUUGUUUUUUGUCUUUAAAAUUGUAUUAUACAUUGUGUAUUUUAUUACAUGAACAUUUGGAGAUAUAUUGUUUUCUUGUGAUCAUUCUUUGUUCCAUCUUUCAAUCCUUUAUCUUUUUCUGUCAUUCCAUGCUCCAUUAAUAAUAUUGUUUGUGAGAUGUUAUGUUCAUGUGAAUGAGACAAAUAACAGUAGGAAAAUUGAUUUACUUUUCUUUUCUUUUUGUUAAUCAGUAAGGCAUUCCAGUGAUACAUAAUUUGUUUUUCAUCGGUAUACUCUGCAUUGCUGUGAUCAUGCUUAAAACAGUUUUUCAUAGCAUCAUGGUCACCACAGUGAUGUAUAAAUAAAAGUUCACUAAUCUGAGAACUGAAGGCUUGUACAGUUUUAUCAAUUUUCUUCGAAAAUACACAGCAUGUCACCUUCAUAGCCCAACACUGACAUUACAUUUAAUAUAGUUAAUAUGAUUUUGAAAAGAAAAAGAAUAAUAUGUUUUAAGAUCUGUAAAUUAGUAUGGAAUUCUUGUGAUAUAUCUGUGAACUGGAAGUUUAUUUGUUUUCGUUUGUUGCCUUUACCAAUUUCCUGUUUUAUUAGAAUUAAAGGACUUGAUUCCCUUUGUUUUCCCAUUUCUGCUAUGGUUAUUUAUGAAACAAUUAAUUUGGCCAUAAGAAUUUUUUUUUAACAAUGUUUGCUACAAUGCUAUUUUUUAAUUUUCUAUUUGAUCGUAUUUGUUCCUCCACCCCCAUCAGUCUCUAGUUACACAUUUGAUCUUUUAAUAUCUUCUUGUUACAUUCAGUCGUACCAUUCAUUAACAUGUUCAGUCUAUAAUAAUUCAAACAAAUUGUAACUCAUAAAAUAAAAAUAUAAACUAU